UUAGACUUUCACCCAUUACAAUCUUCUGGAUAUCUUAAAUAACUUUAAAUUAUAAUUGCAUUAUUGACAAAGAUGGAAAAUAGACAACUUUCUUUGAUUGUGGUUGUGUUAAUCGGUUUUGUAAUACAAAACAGUGUUGAAGGUCUGCAAUGUUAUGUCUGUGAAGACUGCAAUGAAUACCAAGAUUUUAAAGAACUAAGUAUUUGUGGCGAAAUCAACAUGGAAAUGACUCAGAAGCCCAGUACAUUACCAGAACAAAUGCCGCCUGUUCAGAAUGCGUCAUCAUCACAAGUUCCAACAACAAAUAUAACAUCAUCAUCCACUGUUGCCAGUCCAGUAAAGCCUGCACCGAAUGAUGAUGAUUACUCUUAUGAAUAUAGUUCAGAAGAUCAUAAUGACAGCGGAGGCAGUAGUUUCGGCGGAAAAAGAAAUUCCACGACUAAAGGUCCCAGCAGCUCAGUGCAAACCACUGCUAGUCCACAAAGUCAAGUAACGGAGGGUAGUACGAAUGUUACUUCAACAUUGGGAAAUAAUAAUGCUUCAUCUUCAGCGGUAACAACGACUGUUUCAACAAAUGCUUCAUCAACUAGUGCGAAACCGGGUGCUGAAGACUAUGACUAUAUGGAAUAUGAAGAUCAACGAUCGUUUAAUAUCGAAAAACAGCGUAGACCCCAACCCAGAUCCGCAAAUAUAACUCUAUUGAAAAUUGAUGAACCUGUCUGUUAUAUGUACAGAUACUAUGCCAACAACACAGUUUUCACCAAUCGUGGCUGCACCACCCUUCUCAAUUCAAAUAAAUUUCUCACCUGUCAAACCUUAGCCAAUGAACAUACCAUGGUGGGUUGUCGCAUCUGUAGUACCGAUGGCUGUAAUAAAUAUGAUUUGGAUGAAAGUGGUGAAGAUCACCUUAGUGAUGCUGGUGCGACUAUGGGCUUCCCCAUGUUAAUGGUUUUUAUAAUCUCGGCCAUAAAUAUGGCUACUUAAGUAUUGAGGGACAUCUUCAUGUUAUGGAUAGUAUAAGAAGUUAUUUACAUAAUCCAACGAACGAAAACAAAUCAUUAAAAGUGAGCCCCAAAUAAUCUUUAAACAUAAAGAACAUAUUUAUUGUACGAUAUAUCUGAGCAAAAAUGUUAUUGCUCAUCAGUUUGGACUUAAAUGUUGUUAAAAACAGGGUGUACGAGUACAUUGUAAUAUCACAUUGUUUGCAUUGUAAUAUCACAAGACAAGAUAGAACAUUUUUCAAAAUAAAAUUUCAUCAUUUUCCUAUAAUAUAA